CCGCGCCCGGCUCGCUCCCCGCGGGCCCCGCCCGAGUUCCUCGGAUCGCCGGGGCGGCCCCCCAGAGCCCGGGGCAGCCAGUGAUCUGAGCCGGGAGACCAUCUACGCGCGGUGCCAAGCAGAGGGGAGGGCGACACGGAGGGGCAGCCUCUCUGGGACUAACUCAUGAAGAACAAGGGUGCCAAGCAGAAGCUGAAACGAAAGGGAGCCGCCGGUGCGUUUGGCUGUGACCUGACGGAGUAUCUGGAAAGCUCGGGACAGGAUGUUCCAUAUGUAUUGAAGAGCUGUGCAGAAUUUAUAGAGACUCACGGCAUCGUGGAUGGAAUCUAUCGGCUUUCAGGAGUCACCUCAAACAUACAACGGCUCAGGCAAGAGUUUGGCUCAGAUCAAUGUCCAGAUCUGACAAGGGAAGUGUACCUCCAGGACAUCCACUGUGUGGGCUCACUCUGCAAGCUCUACUUUAGGGAGCUGCCCAACCCCCUCCUGACUUAUGAGCUCUAUGAGAAAUUCACGGAGGCGGUGUCGCACUGCCCGGAAGAAGGCCAGCUGGCCCGAAUCCAAAAUGUUAUUCAGGAGCUUCCCCCGUCCCAUUACAGGACCUUGGAAUACCUGAUCCGACACCUGGCCCACAUCGCCUCCUUCAGCAGCAAGACCAACAUGCAUGCCAGGAACCUGGCCCUGGUGUGGGCACCAAACCUGCUCAGGUCUAAAGAGAUCGAAGCCACUGGUUGCAAUGGAGACGCAGCCUUCCUUGCAGUGCGGGUCCAGCAGGUGGUGAUUGAGUUCAUAUUGAAUCACGUGGAUCAAAUCUUUAACAAUGGUGCACCUGGGGCUCUGGAGAACAAUGAAAACCAGCCCAUCGUGAAGAGCCUGACCUUGCCAGCCCUCUCCCUCCCCAUGAAGCUAGUGAGCCUGGAGGAAGCUCAGGCCCGCAGCCUGGCUACGAACCACCCUGCUCGGAAGGAAAGGAGGGAGAACAGCCUGCCUGAGAUUGUCCCUCCCAUGGGCACCCUCUUCCACACCGUCCUCGAGUUGCCAGACAACAAGAGAAAGCUUUCCAGUAAAUCGAAAAAAUGGAAAUCAAUAUUUAACCUGGGACGUUCUGGCUCAGACUCCAAAUCAAAGCUGAGCAGAAAUGGGAGUGUGUUUGUGAGGGGGCAGCGGCUCUCAGUGGAAAAAGCUACUAUCCGACCAGCUAAAAGCAUGGACUCGCUGUGUUCAGUGCCUGUGGAAGGAAAAGAAACCAAGGGAAAUUUCAAUCGAACAGUCACCACUGGUGGAUUUUUCAUUCCAGCAACAAAAAUGCUCCCGACCAGCACUGGCAGCUCAUGUGACCUCAGCAAGCAGGAGGGAGAAUGGGGCCAGGAGGGGAUGCCUGCCGGGGCUGAGGGUGGCUUUGAUGUGAGCAGUGACCGGAGCCAACUCCAGGGCGCUCAGGCCCGGCCCCCACCCGAGCAGCUGAAGGUGUUCCGGCCCAUUGAGGAUCCUGAGAGUGAGCAAACAGCCCCAAAGAUGCUGGGCAUGUUCUACACCUCGAACGACAGCGCCAGCAAAUCCGUCUUUACCAGUAGCCUCUUCCAGAUGGAGCCCUCCCCGCGUCAUCAGCGCAAGGCACUGAACAUCUCCGAGCCCUUUGCUGUGUCUGUGCCACUCCGUGUCUCAGCUGUCAUCAGCACCAACAGCACCCCGUGCAGAACACCCCCGAAGGAGCUGCAGUCUCUUUCCAGCCUGGAAGAGUUUUCUUUCCAGGGGUCAGAGAGUGGAGGUUGGCCAGAAGAGGAGAAGCCACUGGGAGCUGAGACUUCUGCAGCCUCUGUACCUAAGAAGGUGGUUCUUGAGGAUGCCAAGCCAGUACCUGAAGCAGCAGGGACAGCAGAAUGUGGCAAAGGCCUUUCCCUGGAGCCAGGCACCCAGCUGGAGGAGAAAACCUCAGAAAUCUCUCUGGGCGCUCAACAUUCAAGUGAAUUAGAGAAGAGGCCAAAUCCGGAGAAUGUGGUGGAGGAAGGACGAGAGGCUGGUGGGGCGGAGUGCAGCGCUCUGCCAGAGAGCCCCAGGGCCAGAGCCGAAGCUGUGUUUCUCCAUGAGAUGGAUGAAGAUGAUCUGGCCAACGCCCUGAUCUGGCCCGAGAUUCAACAGGAGCUGAAAAUCAUCGAAUCUGAGGAGGAGCUUUCUUCAUUGCCACCACCUGCUGUGACAAGCAACCCAAUUCUGCCAAUUCUUGAGUCAGGUCCUGGGGACUUUGCUCCCCCAGAGCCUCCUGGGAGUUUCCCUUGUGGCUCCGCCCCUGCCCCAGUCCCCGCCCCUCUGGAGGAGGGGACUAGGGACUCAACCAAUCAGACCACACAAGGCACUUCCACAGCCGCCAACAGAGAGAAGCUAGAGCCAACCAACAGCCUCCACAGAUCCGAGGCGGAGCUGGGCCUGCGCCCGGACCCCGCCAGCCUGGCUCCUCUGGAAAUAGUUCCGUUUGAGACCGUGUCUCCACAAGCCAGGGUGGAGGUGGGGGCCCCGGGGAAUCUGUCUCCUCCACUCCCACCUGCUCCUCCCCCUCCAACUCCUUUGGAGGAGGCGCCUCGAGUCCUGCUGUCAAAGGGCGGCCCUGAGAGGGAAGACCCAUCCAGGAAUUUGAGGACAAAUCCUUAUAUAGACCCGCUGAAGUUCAAAGACAGCCCUGGGAUCCCUAGCCUCUGUCAGGGAGACAAGGCUGCUCCAAGACAAAGUGAAAAGAAAAAUUCAAAGAAUGCUGCCCCCGAGGGAAAAGGCUCUGGUUUACCAAGCCCAACAAGGGAGAUUGAGGUCUCCCCACAAGGAGAAAGGGAUGUAGCCCAUUCAGUUCAGGAGCCUUCAGACUGUGACGAAGACGACACUGCGACAGACGUUGCCCAGCAUGGUGUGGAGAUGGUGGAGCCCUGGGAGGAGCCCCAGUGGGUGACAAGUCCCCUUCACUCCCCUACCCUGAAAGAUGGGCACGAGGCCCAGGUGCAGGGUCCCCAGGACCACCGAUUGGAGAAGAGGCUUUCCCACAGACCCAGCCUUCGCCAGAGCCAUUCUUUAGACAGCAAGCCUACAUUUAAGAGUCAGUGGACUCUGGAGGCUCCUUCCUCCAGCAGCUGUGCUGAUCUGGAAACAGAGAGGAAUUCCAACCCUCAGCAGCCCCUGGCACCCAGGAGAGAGAUUAUUGGAUGGGAUGAGAAAGCCAUGAGGUCUUUCAGAGAGUUCUCUGGCCUGAAAGGGGAAGAGGCUCUUCCCAGCCAGAAGGGACCAGGUGUUAUGCAACCCAAGCCAACAGAAACCAGCCCCAUCAGCCACACAGCGGGAAAGGAGCUGGGGACACACCUGGGGCACAGCAACCCUCCAGUUAAGCAAGGUGUUGUUCCUGGGCCAGAGAGCAGUGAGGAGAGUUCAUCUAGUGUGCAGGGCAGCACCUUACCAGAGGAGCAUCCCCCAAAGUUACAGGUGAAGAGCACUGAGUGUGGGCCCCCAAAAGGGAAAAAUAGACCUUCUUCCCUCAACUUGGACUCUGCCAUUCCCAUCACUGACCUCUUCCGGUUUGAGCAUGUGGCCUCAUUUAGUUCACCUGGAAUGCAGCAAUCUGAGCCGGAAGACCCAAAGGCCACAUGGGUGACCUCAUCUCACUGUAAAGCAGACCCCUGGAGGGUUUACUCCCAGGACCCCCAGGACCUGGACAUUCUUGCUCAUGCCCUGACAGGCCGCCGUAACUCAGCUCCUGUGAGUGUGUCAGCUGUGAGAACCUCCUUCAUGGUCAAAAUGUGCCAGGCCAGGGCAGUCCCAGUCAUCCCGCCCAAGAUUCAGUACACCCAGAUCCCACAGCCCCUGCCCUCUCAGAGCUCAGGGGAGAGUGGGGCUCAGUCUCUGGAGAGGAGCCAAGAGGAACCCAGCCCAACUAGUGGGACCUCUGAGAAACCUGCCAAAGAUGAUUCUCCCUCCCCUCUGGAAAGCCCAAAGGGAGAGAAACCAAAGCAAAAUACAGGAGCCAUUAAGUCCUUGCCAAUGGAUGCCACUGUGUCCUGCCUGUGUGAGGGACCCACCCUUUCUCCAGAACCAGGCUUGUCUAACCUGCUUUCCUCCCAGGAUGCAACAGUGCAAUGCAGAAAGCGCACAUCAGAGACAGAGCCAUCUGGGGACAACCUUCUUUCUUCAAAAAUAGAGCGACCAUCUGAGGGUUCUAAGUCUUUCCAUAGGUCUAGGCCAGGAAGACCUCAGAGCCUAAUCUUAUUCAGUCCUCCUUUCCCCAUUAUGGACCACCUGCCCCCCUCAUCCACAGUGACAGAUUCCAAGGUCCUGUUAUCCCCUAUCAGAAGUCCCACCCAGACAAUUUCUCCUGGCCUUCUUUGUGGUGAGUUGGCAGAAAACACAUGGGUCACACCAGAAGGGGUUACACUUAGGAAUAAAAUGACUAUCCCUAAGAAUGGCCAGAGACUAGAGACCUCAACCAGCUGUUUUUACCAGCCCCAGCGGAGAUCAGUGAUUCUGGAUGGAAGAAGUGGGAGGCAAAUAGAAUGACAUCAGUUCACCUGCUGGUGUCUGAAAAAACAUCAUGACUCAUCUGGAAGUUAUUACAGGGCCAACUUGCCAUUUUGUAGGCACGAGUUAUCAAGUUCGGGCUUAUUUUGGCCUCUGACUUCUCUUUCUUUAGCCUUUUGACCAUUUGUUAAUUUGUCCAUUUUCCAGAAGAGGGUCAAGGGAAGGAUGAGGAUAUGAAAUUUAGAUAUCUGUGUGAGCAAGUGGGAGAAGGUUAGGUAAGGGAAGAGGAUGGAAUGUGUGCUCCAGUGAAAUUCGGGGCUUGUUUGUGAGUUGCAUUGCUCCCCUAGUAUCAUUAUAUAUUACUCUUGAGAGCUGGCUGUGAUAAUGUCCUUUGAAAGAAAGAAAAAUCUCUUGCCUGUGUCAGAAAAUAUUGCUAUUGAGGUUUGAAGACCUCCUCUUUACUUCAUGCUUUGGGCUCUUUAAAGCAUAUGUUCUUUUAGACCAGUUUUCUAAUAAGCUUUGUAAAAGUGUACUAUCCAAAAUAGCGGAUUUGGAAAUGCAAACUAACAUGCACUUAGAUAUCCAAGUAGGUGAGUUUACCCAUGCUCUUUUCCUGGAAUCCCUGCAGACCUGUCCAAGAUGACUCCAUAUACCAGCAUAGAAAAUCAAAAUCAAGAGCAAACUCUGAGACUGACACAAUCCAAGAAGACUUUCUGGCUCUAGCUUCUAUUCAUUUGGGACUCCAACUGCUACUGUACUGAACUCUGAUUUAGAAAUCCAGUAGCUGGGCAGGGUCAGGACUGAGCUGAGGAUUACCCUAAUGAAAUUUACUAAAUCUUCAUUUAGGUAUGCAACUGAAGUGAAGGUUAUCUGCUUUCUUUAGAAUAUCAGAGUCCAAGAACAUAGUCAUCAUAGAGAAAAACCUCACGAAAAGGCAGAACUAUGCUUCAAACUUAUAUUGUGUUUAAAUCGAUGAGGCAUUAGCAGAAAACACUUCUAGCUCAGCUUCACUCUUCUUGCACACCAGGCUGGGCCUAGCAGUACAGGAGAGGAAGAAGGGAGGUGCCCUAGGAGGGAGAGAAGAGCCCUAGCAGAGUGGCCCUCACUACCACUCGCUGAGAGGUGCCCUUCUUGAAAAUGUAUUUCAUUUUAGCCAGUUGGUCCCUUCCUUUCUUUCCUCUCUCUUCCAUAGUUCUGUCAUCCACCAGUCACUCCAGGCACUCAAACUUGCUCUUCUCCUUUGUCUAUAUAUUAAUACAAGCAGAAGCAAUAAACCAAUCUUAUUUUGUUUCAGUUAUUUAGAACUUUCAAUGGUUCUUUCCUUUUCAGCUAGAGAGGAGGGAGGAGAAUUAAUAAACCUGCUGGCAGAUUUCUGGUGCUCCCCAAAAAGGGGUUUCACAGGUAACCUCUUCUCAGGUUCAAGCCUGGCUGAACUCUGUCUGGAAGCUCAGUCAUUGCAGAAAUUUCUCUAGGGACCAGCAGUACCUCUGGGCAGACCUCACAACCGAGGCUGGUGCUGGCCUGGGUGGGCUUAGCUGAAGUUACCUCCUCUAAUAAGAAAUUGGGAGCUGAUAACUUGCAGCAGAUACAUAUUCCUUUCUCUCUCUCUCUCUCUCUCUCUCUCUCUCUCUCUCUCUCUCUCUCUCUGUCACCCUUCCUUCUUCCCUCCUUCCCUGAUAAGCCUUAUGAAUAGUUUUGAAAUCUUGUCCUAUACCUUUUAAGCCAGUGUCUGUGACAAGGGUGACUGGUGAGUCAGCUGAUGAGUUCUGCCUUCAGAGAGUACUGAGUGAGCAAGGGGAGCAGUUAGUAGGCCUUUGGUCUGUGUGUUUGCACUCUCACUGGGUGAGCAAGACAUUGGACCAACAGCCAAUGAGAUGUCGACCCAUAAGAAAAGUCCUAAAAUAUAGCGUUUUCCCCCUAGGCAAGCAAGGUGAAGAAAUAUAGCGGUGGCAGAUGAGAAAGGCCAUGUUCAAGAGAUUUGAAAAGUACAUUCCCACCUUAUCAGAAAAUGUGGCAGAUAGCCUUUUAUGUCAGUCUCGGUGCACUUGUGGUGUCUGUGCUUUCAUAAGGACCACGUUCCAGUUAGGAUGUGAGGGAGGGAAAGAACCGCACUUUGUUUCACUGUCCGAACUCUGAGCCAAAUAAUGAAAUAUUUAAACUAUUUUAUGAUUAUUUUUAAAUUUUUGUUUGUAACACUUAUAAAAUAUAUUUUUAUUUGGAGAUAGACUGAGAAGCCACCAUCACAUACUAACGAGUGACUUCAGUUCUAAUUGUUGAGAAGCCCAUGUAGAUUUUUGGCUGCCAUGUCCCUUUAGACUCUGGCCCUUUUUGUUUACAGCAUCACCUACAGGAGCAUGGGUAUGAGGCUGUCCUCAGGAGACACGCAGGCGGCUGGCUGGAGAUAUUCCCCACUCUGGGCUCUCCCUGCAAGUCAAUUCCAGAAGGCCUGAGAUGCUGACUCCCCUUCUCAGUCAGUGUCACGCUGUUCAAGUGCGGACCUCUCCUUGGACUGUCUCCAGCCUGUCAGACACCGCAAACGUGGUUAUAAUCCUGUGGUCUGGGCUAGCCUGACACUGAUGAAAUUCUACUCUAAGGCAAAGAAAGCUCAUAUAUUAUCCCCAAAUUGUUCCCCGAAAUGCCCUGGGAUUACCUAUUUGGUCACCCACUUGGGGCUCUGAAGAAAUGAAUCCCCGAGAAUGGCUGGAUGGGAAUGAGAGUGUCUACCUCCAUCCAGGGGAGGGGCAGAACAGUCUUCGUCCCUAGAAAGGGAGGUAGAAUCCAGCUCUCAAAGGGCUUCUUCAACUAUCAGUCCUCAAAAAUGGGGGUGGCUGAAUUUAAAUGUUGAAUUUGAAGUGUAUGUUGAAUUGGUACAUGCAUGUACCAAUGUCUUCUUUGAUUCAGAAUUAAUGGUUGCUUAAGAAAAUAAUAACCUAUAUUUAUUGCAAAAUGGCCCUCCCAGACCCUGUUGUUUUUUUUUUUAAGCCAAAAUGGACCAGACAGAGGGUAUUUGGUUUUUAUUCUCUGCUUCACUUAGUAUAUGAGGGACCUGGCAUAUGAAGAGACCUGACCAAGAACCCCAUAAAGAUACUAUUAGCCCAAUCUAAGCCCUAAAAUUAAAAAUAUUAUCCAAGUCAAAAUUUUGGAUUCUGGGGACAUUAACACAUAAAUAUCACCAUACUGAACAAAUAUUUAUAAAGAGCUUAGUAAUAGUGCACUGGGUACCUUAGCACUCCUAAAUCCUUGAAGAGACUAAUGAAAAGGAGAGAGGGGUGGUAGCAAAUGAAACAGCCCUUAACCAGGAGCAAGGUUUAGAACUAUUAAGUUACCAAACAAAAGCAGAAGGGGGGGGAAUAUAACCACUAGCAUCUUUUAACAGGAUUGUUAAUGAUAUUCAAGUGACCUACUGACUUUAAAUCAUCAAAUGAAACACAAUUGCAGAUCCAAGAGGACAUACCAGUGAGAUGCUCAGGUGUUGAGAACUUUGUUUUGAUUUUAAAAACUAGAGAGCGGCAACUAAGUUAGAAUAAGUAUUAAUAGCUCUGAGGUUUUGCAUAGUCCUGAUUGGUUUGGUUGUGAAGUCCUGUUGCAUCUCUGCAAAUGAGCCAGGAAAAAUCAGUAUUCUAUACUCCUUGAGAGUGGAUGUUAGGGACUUUUACCAUCACCAAGUGGAUCAACACCUGUUGAUGAUGAAGUCAUAGGCCCAAGGUAAACUGUUCAUUUCAUGUACUAUAUAGUGUUACCACAUAAUAACCACAUUUGGCUAACACUGGGUGGGACAGUCAUUUGUCUACACAGGCCUUGUGCUCCUGCCUGAAGAGA